AUGGCUAACGCUUGGGAUGUCUAUGCUACGCAACUGUUCCGGUGUGGCCACGGUUAUCCGCUCUGGGAGCCCGAGCCCACGAAGCACGGCGAGGUACGAGUCGGUGACGUCGGGUACAUGCGCGAGGGUGCCUUCUAUCGUCUCUUCAACGCUACAGUUCCCGCAGAUGAUCCCAUCAAUAGUCGCUACGGUGUGCCAGACCGCACGUCCUACAAGCCGUUUCAACACAGCGACUACAUACUGAAUCGACUCGAGGCUGCUCUUCCAGCGCUACCCAUUUGCAGCAAGAGUGUUAAAUCUGUAUCCGCGAGUGCACAGGCCGGCGCUCAGAAUGUCUCUGGGGGUUUUCAGUUCGAAUGCACAGACGAACAGGGUGCGCUCCUCAUCAUGAAGGACCCCGCCGAUCGGGAAGAACUUCACCCUAGUCGUCGCAUGGCUAAUUACAUGAUGAGCAAUUUCCAGAGUUGGUACGAAUUUGCGACGGAGGUUUGCGAAGUCGAUGUAGAACGGGACGACAUCAUUUUUGUGCGCGGUUGGGUAAAGACCUCUGAGUGGGCCGUCGCUGCGUUCGUGCACGAAGGGCGUGCGGCACAGCUAACGUUCAGUGGCAACUUCGGACUAACCGCGAAUGUGAACUUCUCGCUGUCCAUGACAAAGGAGGUCUCUGCAUUCCCCGAGCGCAAUACAGGUCCUCGUCGCCGAUUGCCUUCCAGCCCUAACCCUAAUCUUCUCCCGGCGACACCUCAGCAAAGCUCAAGUACCGUAAAUUUGGCACCUCUUGAUCAAUGUGUGUUCCUCCACUACUACAAGAUGAAAACACGCUUCUUCCUCCCGCCCAAGGCGAUCAACGCAGCUGCUGGACCAUAUGAUUUGUCACCUUCUGGUGGCGAUGAAGACGACCACAGUCACAGUAUUGUAAUUGAUACUAGCAGUGUCACGUCGGAUGAGGUGGAACAAGUCCCUGCCAUUCCAAAGGCAUAUGAUCCUGUCGGAUUCGUUCUGGACUACAUUAUUGAGCAUUCAGAGGCUGCCAUCGCUAUCGCCACCGAUGCAGAUAUCGCUUCUCUAUGCAAAGGUCAGGACAUACCUGAAGAUAUCCAAGAAUUCCUGAAUACCGUGCAGCCACAUAUCGAAGUUAACGAGGAUGGUCUCGGCAUGCUAAACUUCGAAGGUGCUGUUGUAGUGGAGACCUCAGUACAACUUGAACAAUUUGAUCCCGUACGCACUGAUGACAGCAUGUCAGUCGAUGGUCCUCCGCCUGUUGCACAACCUCCCACCGAAGGAGGCUCAGGUACCGGCGCUCAUGUUCCCGGCCCUCCAGCUGGAGAAGAGAAGAAGGAGAGCGCGCACCUUGGGAACGGUACUGUUGUUGUCUUGGACGAGCACAAGGGCGGAGUCUGCGCGCUCGCGUACUCUCCCGAUGGCCGCUUUGUUGCGAGCGGGUCGGAGGACAUGAGCGUCAUCAUCUGGGACGCAUCAUCUGGACAGCGUUGGCACACAUGCCAGGAGCACACGGACACAGUUUGCUCCAUCGCCUUCUCUCCAGACAGCCGCGAACUCGUUUCUGGAUCGCGCGAUGGAAGUGCGAUUAUAUGGACCGUUGCGACUGGCGAGCGUAGGGCCGUACUCGAAGGUCAUGACGGCUUCGUCUACGUCGUUGCAUGGUCUCCAGAUGGUUCCAGUAUUGCCACUGCGUCGGUCGAUAACACCCUCCGCUUGUGGGAUACUGCGUCGGGUCAGGAGCGCCACAGGUCUGAUGCGCACGGUGCGAUGGUGCUGCUCGUUGACUACUCACCGGACGGACGUCGCGUCAUCUCCGCUGGCGCGGAUCAGUGCGGAUGCAUCUGGAAUGCCGAGAACGGGGAGCUGCUGUCAAGAUUAGAGGGCCAUGAGGGCAUGAUUUAUACCGCCGCAUUCUCGACGGACGCUCGCCGGGUCGUGACAGGUUCUGAGGAUGGUACGGCUCGAAUCUGGAAUGUGGAGACAGGUGAUGAGCUCGUAACUUUGCGCGAGCAUGCGGGUGCGGUGUGGGCCGUUGGCUUCUCCCCAGAUGGGAAGCACGUAAUGAGCGCGGCGAGUGAUGGGACGGUGAGGGUGUGCGACUCGUUCAGUGGCGACCGGCUCCAGGCACUCGAGGCCGGCGACUCUGUUGUGAAUGCCGCCGCAUUCUCACCGGACGGCACGCGUAUCUGCGCGAGCACAAGUGAUAAUGCAGUCAGGGUAUGGGACGCCGACUCGGGAAAACUCCUCGUUACGCUGGAAGGCCAUGUCGACAAGGUGACGAAUCUCCGUUUCUCGCCGGACGGAGAGCGCGUUGCGUCAUCUUCGGACGACGCGACUGUCAGAGUGUGGAAUUUGCGUACCUUGCGGGUUGCAUGA